ACCUUUUGGACCAGACCCUCGGAAACACCAGCUGAUCAUUGAGAGUUGUUUCUUCUGAAUCUUGUUCUUGUUUCUGCCGUUUGACUCAACAUAACAGCCACAAUGAAUCAGAGCAAGGUUGACUUUGAGCCUUUCCAGUAUUCCUACUAUGAUUAUUCAGACUGGAACGCCAACCCAGAGCCAACCCAACCACAUAAAGAAGUUAUUUUACCAUGUGACCCAACAGCAGGUGACAAGCUCUUCCACACAUGCAUGUUAUCCAUAUCCCUUGUGGUCAUGUUGGUCCUGGCGGCUCUCACCAGGAAGCAUAAACUCUGUCAGGGCUUCUCCAGAGGCUCCUCCAGUAUCUUCAGUCCGGCCAACUUCCUGGACCAGACUCAGCAGAAGGGGCUGAUCAUGGCUGUUUUUGGGCUGGUGUUCAGCAAGCUGGCCAUGCUGAUGAUCGCCCCAGACCCUCUGCCUUUCCUUAAAGACACUCCACCAAACAUUAAAGAAUACAUGAAGAUUAUAAGUAUUUUCUACUAUCCGGUCCUGUACUAUCCUCUGCUGGUUUGCGGGACCUUGCAGCAUACCGCAGGCUACGUGUUCGGGGCGCUCCUCUCCUUCACACACUUCGGAGUGCUGGUGUGGCAGAAGUUUGACUGUCCAAAAACUCCAGAGAUCUACAAGUACUACGCUCUGCUCGCGAGUCUGCCUCAGCUGGCCUGCCUAGUAUACCUCUGUGUUCAGUUUCCUGUGCUGUUUGUCAAAGGACCAAAGACCGAUGAGGACCUUGACAGCAGCUACUACACCAACUAUGUGAAGAUGCUGCUGAAGAAAACUCCCUCAUCUGUCAGCUCCUCUGCAGCAGACAAACCACCACUCAUAAAGAGAAUCCUAGAAGUGCCCAAGAGUUACAUUUAUGUUCCUGAGAAAGUGUUUCGUUUCCCGCUAAAGCUGGCGGUGUCGUCUUUUGUCACAUGUGUGGCCAUCUAUCACACCGCCCUGUUGUUGGUUGUCCUGGUAGUCCCCACGCUGCACAUCGUCCGAGCAGGAAUUGAUGAGAACAUCGCCUUCCUGUUGCUGGGGUUUGGGAUUGUCCUAUCAGACGACAGAAUGGAGGUGGUCAGAAUUGUAACUUUCUACACGUGGUUGCUGGAAGUGUGCUAUCUCUGUGCCAUGACUCUGUCCUGUUUGGUCAGUGUUAUUAUGCUCAUGAGGUCCAUGCUCCUGCACAGAUCAAACCUAAAGGGUCUGUAUAAGGGAGACGUUUACAGGAUUUAUAACAGCCAGAAGACUAUCUGUCCAUCAAAAGCAGGUGUUGUCUGCUGGAUGGGUUUAACAGGAUACCAGGCUGCUAUCGUCUGCCUCGGAAUGGCCAUCCAGACCGUCGUGUUCUUCAUCUGCUUCUUGUUUCUGGUGUUUCUACUCAUCAUCCCUGUUUUUUAUGGCCGUAACCUGAUUGUGUUUGAAAUAGCAGGAAAGUCAUGGCCAGCCUGGGUGACGGUUAUUCUGGUGACAAUCCUUCAACAUGUGACUGCCAAGUUGUUCUUUAUCAAAAAGGAAUCUGGAACCAGAGAUCUAAAUAACAGAGAGAGCCUAUUCCUGAUGACCUACCUGCUGUUUGUGGUCAACAUCGUGGUGGGACUGAUAGUUGGAAUUUGGAGAAUCGUGAUAACAGCUUUGUACAACAUCAUCCAUUUUGGUCGUAUUGACAUCAGUCUGCUGCACCGCACUGCGGAGUCCUUUGAUCCUGCCUACCAUUACUACACCCACUUCCUGAAGGUGGAGGUGAGUCAGACACACCCCGUGUUGAAGGCUUUCUGUGGAUUGUUGCUGGACAUGAUGGUUGAGGUUGGUAGAGCUGGACCGAAGAUGAAAGAUGCAGAGGAAGGGAUUCAGGAGAACAGGCCCAACAAGGCAACCAGCCGCCAGAGGAUUCACACUCGCUGGCAGCUGCUGUACACGCUGGUGAACAACCCGUCCCUUCUGGGCUCCAGGAAACACUUCCAGACGCUGCAGACCUCUGACAAUAUUCUGAAUGGCACACCAAACCGCAGGUCAAGAAAAAGCAGUCAGAAGGAGUCUGAAAAAUCAGAAGCAGAACCAGUACAGACCUCUGAGAUACCAUCGAACCAAGAUUAAAGUGAUUUGGACGUUGGAAGUAAUUAUAUUUGGUUUAUUAGAUAGAAACUGGUGGGGAACAAAUUUAGAAUGAAUUAACAUUAUUUAAAUAUCAUAUAAAGGCCAGUUUAAAAGUUUUUUUUAAACAAACUGUUAGUCAAUGGGAGCGUUUGGUCAGUUUCAUAAUUAGCAACGAAAUUAAUUUCAAGAACAUGAUCCCGGCCCAGUGAUGAACUGAAUCAAGGGAUCGACAACCAAGACCAGAUCUGGAAUUUAUUACAGCUGUGGUCAGACAUUUCCUUGUCAUGGACAUGGAUAUCAAUGAGUAAUUUGAAUGGAUCUCAUGGGUUUUCUUGCUGUCAUUCAGGGUCAUUGGUAUCGAUAGCAAUCACAUUAAUAAAUACAACAAAAGAUAAAAAAAAUAUGCUGGCAAGGUGGCCUGGAGAAUCAGGGUGGAAUGUCUCCAUCUGGAACUCCUGGAGGCUGAUAAGGCUUUUCAGCUUGACCAGCUCAGCCUGGAGGCAAGAGAGCUCCCCUGGGUGAUCCGCAGGCUCUGUCCCUUUGUCUGGCAUCGAAGGUGCUGACUGGACUGGAGACGGAGGCUGGGGGUCCAAGCUGGAGCAUAGAGCGGGGGCCUCUGAGGUCGAUGGCACCACUCAGCUAUCUCGACCCCGCUGUCUGGUCCCUCUCGUGGCACCCCUGGAGUGGGAGGAGACCUUGGGAGGGGUGUGUCUCAGCUGACUGCGCUGAUCGCGGGACAUCCUCGCAACCCCCUCUGGAGUCUGACUCACUGAGGAGCUGGAGGUGACGUCAGCAGUGGUUGCGGCGCACCCGUGGCGCAGCUCCGGGGCUGGAGAAGACGGCGGGGCUUGGGUUCCCUCCCAGCACCGUGGACCAACUCCAGGAGAUCACAUGGCCAGUCUGGUGCCCUCGUAGGGGGAGUGGUCCAGCUGCACCUCCCAGCCCAACCUCCCAUCUGGAUGCGGGAGGGCAGAGAAGAUCACUGAGGCCGAGGUUCGGCACCAGCGGCGAGGCGGCGCUGGAGGAGGGGAAGCUGGCUGAUAGCUGGGAGUGAGCCACUGCAGCAGGCAUUCCCAGGGAAGAAUUUCCCAUGAUGCAGAUGAGUUGAACGGUUGAGGUGAGGAUCCGAAUGCAGGGGAAAGAAAAGCAGGCUGAUACGGACAUUCAAAAGGGUUUUAAUUAGAAACACGUGGGACAAUAAAACAAUGAACGGACAGGGAACACAGAACUGGGAGGGUUUAAAUACAAGAGGAGCUGGGAUCUAAAGUGACUGGGAGACGAGAGGCAGGUGGGAGCAAUUAGGGAAGACACAGAAUUGAACAGAGAGUGGGGAGACAGGACAGGUUGUGACAGUGUGACACCGGGCAGUGUGGCUUUUUACAUCAGCUCAUUCUCCGUGGUCGAAGAUCAGCGGGACAGUAGCUACAUGCUAACCCUAAGCUAACGGAGUUGUUUCGAGUGUUUUUAGCAAGAAAAACGUGCUAAAGCAAGUCCAAUGUGAAGGCCUCCGGCCUGCUCAGUAACAAAAUCAUAGCUAGGUAAGCUGACCGAGGAUAUCAGUCUUCGCUGGUCCACCACGGUCAAAGGUCUGCGAAUCCACCGUUGUUGAUGGUCCUAUCUCUGGGAGCAUCUACUCGGCUACCAGCGCUGUGUCGACACGAAGCCAAAAGCAAUAUCGACACUCCUAGAGCCGGGACCGUCGACAACGGAAACGGGAACAUCCAGCCGCCUGCUCCAACAACCGUUCCCGGGCAGGAGACAGGAGAAGUUGGGCACCUGCUCACGUUUCUUAUGCAGCACCACUAACAUGUUUGACCAAGUGGUUAAAUGACACAGCAUUCACCACCAUUCAACCAGCAAAAUAAAAUACAGAAAUAUAGUUUUGAUCUGUUAUCAAUAACCACAGCUUGCCCUCUGAUUAACAUCCAAACACGAACAAACAGAAGACACAACUAAAGUUCAGAGAGUCAAAAUGGCCGAACAUCUAUUAACGUGAGACCCUGGCUGAGGCCUUUCCCUUGAGCUAGCUCUGAAGUCACGUGGCUCUGAUGCUCAUUAAUUAUUCAGAAAUUUAAGAAUUAAGUCACACUUAAACAGAAGAGUUAUCAUGAAUGUAAACUAGAUCUAUUCUUUUUGAACCAGGCUGUAAACAUGCUUAUUUCUGCCGUGAAAUUGGCUUUCUUUACAUGGGACUCAAUGAGGAUUUGCUCACAUCCCCUGGUGGAGUGGUGAACUGUAGGUAUGGCUGCACUUGGGAACAGUUUGGUUGUUUAACCCUCCAAUCAAACCCCUCAAUGCUGAGUGUCAAGCGGGGAGGCAUCGAGUCCCAUUUAUAAAGGCUUUGGUAUGACUUGAACCCACAAUCUCAGGGUGGACACUCAUACUAUUAGGCCAUUGAGCCAGAUGAGUCAUGAUUUUAGCUCCUGGAGUGUUUAAUUUGUC